AAAACGCCAAAGGCUGGUUAGUAGAUAUAUGUCAUAUCAUCAAGCGACGAGGAAAACUGACAAGAUCGAAGCACGGCCUUGGUGCAAGUCUGUCAUCUUAUGGGUCAAAGUCCACAAUUGUGUGAUAGACUUCGACCUGUGGCCGAUGUUAUCAUUCAACAUAAUGCGGAUUUGACCAUUAGCGACCAGGAAGGAAACUCCGCAUGUACUUUGAUCUUCCAGAACCGGGGUGGUUUAUCUUACCUCGAGGAGUUCGUUUAUCGAUACAUAGACCUCUUAGCUCUGCAUGAUAUGGAGACGGUCGAUUACUGGUUGAUAACAGCACUAGCCAGAGCGUAUCCGACUUUUCGGAGAUGUCUAGAGGCUGAGAACGAGUCGUUCCGAACCGCGCCGCGUCUGGCACUGAAACAAGCUCGCCCGUCGGCUUCAUUAACAGAGCUUGACUUGAGUGUGCAAAUGGAAAGCAUAAAAAAUGCCGAAGUCAAACAUCGAACUCGGUUCUUGCAGUCGUUGUGCGCGAAAGGCACCCUCGAGAUGGUGAAGCCGUUCUUGGCCAUCGGGCUGGACUUGAAUGAGAUUGAGGCCGUGCAACAUCAAACGUAUCUGAGGGCGGCCGGGAGGGCAGGCAAUAUGGAGGUUGUCGACGCAUUGAUGAAAGCUGGAGCGUCUGUUGACGGAGUAUCAGACUUCAACCAUCCAUAUAGCAUUGUUAAUGGGGUAGUGGAUGAGAUAUUUGAUCGUUGGAAUUGUUUGCGACACGGCCGUCCGGACGUUGAUGCACAUGGGCACUCCGAAGGAGCAGAAUUCUGGAUUCUACCUCGAUUGCUGCAGAAUCCGACGUUUAACGACCCAAACGUCUUGCUGCUAGCCGUCUGGUAUGAGCUAGAUCAUGCCAUCUUUGAAACCCUCCUGGAUCAUGGAUGUGGGCGAAGAGACGGACAGAAGCCGAUGUCUUGGCAACUACGCCGAUACGGAAGCGAAGUGAUUGAGGCGAUCAAGUGUGACAAUCCAGUCGUGACGAGGAUGCUGGAGCACGGACUAGCGCUGGAGGUGGAAGACGGCUGGGGUUGCACUGCCUUGAUUCACGCUUUGGACAAGGGCAUAGGAAGAGAGAAUUAUACUCAAGCGGUAGUUACCGCGGGUGCAGACUUGGAGAGGAGGACCGGAUGCGGGUACACACCACUCGAAUUUGCUGAAACAAAUAUGCGGGCACGCCACCCAAGGAUGCCGCAGAGGACGUGGAACACGAAGUCGCUCGAAGUAUGCAACUCGCGACUCAUCUCUGUGGAGGAGGACCGGGCGACAUACAUCAUGUUGAAGCGGGCGAUUGGCGAGCGUAAAGGGCAUCGUGCCACAUUGAGUACGUGUAGGUUCCAAUAUCAUAAUUCUUCACUGACCUCCAACCGCGUAGAAAUCCCCUCGAGCAACGACUCCUUCUUCAGCAUCCGAAGUGUACUUCAUAGCAGUUAUAUCGGGAUUGAGCGAGAUUGGUCCGACGUCCAGCUCACGGUACUAGGUACAAUCUUGACUGCUCUUAGCUUGGUAUGGGUGAAGAUGGUGGCGGCUCUAUGGAAGUUGUUCAGCACUAGGCGAGGUGCGAGAACGAAAUUGUGAGAUGAGAUGUCUACUAUGUCCGAAUCCUAGAAGUAUAAGGCAUGAGGCGUACGACGGGCACCUCUAGCAAGUGGCAGGUGGCACGGUGCUAGCGUACCGCAGCGUCAUCGCUCCCACCGGUUCACCUCAUUUGCACCCAACAAUCGUCUGGGAGCCAUGCAUGCCUUGAAGAAACGAUGGAACACCAACCCGAACUUAGCAUGCACAUCUUCCUGCCCGGUCUUA